AUGGCACCCGCCAGCUCCUCGUGGCUGCUUGAUGCCGUCAUUCGUCCCUCGCUCUCCGCCGUCCUUCCAACGGACCUCCCCGUUUCCCUCCGUCAUUCCCUCCUUCCUCUCUCCGACUCUCCGUAUUUCACGGCGGCUGUGACGCUCGCCGAGAGGACGCAUCAGCAGCUGCACGACGCCGGAUUGGCCUUUCAGAGCAUCCCCUUCGAUUUAAUCAUAGUUGGCCACGCGCUUGCCACAUCAGCAGCUGUGCGGAUGCCCCUGCUGCGACGCCAUUGGCUGCUGUGCUUCUGGGCGGCGUUCUUCACCGGAUAUGGCGGAGGAACGCUCACCUCCCUCCUCCUGCAUGUGCGUGCCUCACUCUGCAUGUGCUUGCUGAGGGUUAUUGGUGAUCACUUUGUGUGGCUCCGCAACGACUCCGUCCUCCUGCUCUUCGCCCUCUGCUGGUGGGUCAUCACAUAUUCCCCAUACGACGUGGGGAGUCGCCUGUACGCCCUCACGCCUGUCAAGCUGGUAGCGCGGGUGGCAGCAAGCAUAGCGCGCACAGGCGUCGUCAUUUCCAGAAUUGACAGGGCAGUUGGGCUGUUUGGGAAGCAUGCACUGGUUGCUCCAGUCUUCAUUGGUACUCUCGCAGGCUGUGGGGGCCGCCUCAUCUUGGACCUCGUUCUCGCCCUCCUCACUGCAUCACCUCCCUCGCGCUCUGAGCUGCUCUACCCUUCCUGGCUCUCCCGCUCGGCAUGCAUAAUGGCAGUGGGCUACACUCUAGCCGUCCACUGGGCUGCCUGCUGCACCUCCCAGGCUGCCUUUGCUGCCAUCGCCUCCCUCCUCAUGGCCCACAGCGCAUGGGAGGUCAUUUCAGGCUCGCCUUGGGACCCCACUGCACCGCUCUCCACCCUCUUCCACUCCCUGCUGUGCAUCCCACUCGCUCCUGCCACCCUCCCAUCACCCAAGCCGUCCACCACCACUCCAUCACCCGCUCACCCACUUCCCCAUCCUCCAACCCAACUCAACGGCCACAGCAGCAGCAGCAAAGGGCAGGGUGCAUCUCAGGGCAUACAGCAGCAGAGGCGAGGGGAGGGGGAGAGCAGCAGUCGGUUCGAGAGCACGCCUGUGGGAGGCAAGGCUGCCCGGCACCGGAAGCCUCAGCGCGCGUGA